GCUCCCUUCUCCUAUUUCUCGUUCAAUUUCCUGCUCGCAAAACUCUGCUCUGUCCUCCCUACCACUUCUUGCGUGCAAUUCAUCUUGCCGCAUCCCCCUCCGCUGUUCUAUUAGAGUAUUGUUAUGUCUCUAAUCCAGCAUGUCACUCAGACCGAGGGUACCGAUCGAGAGGAGGCGCUGGUCGAUCUCUUCUUGCCUCCCCUAGAACGCCAGAUAACAGCAGAACGCGAUGCAGAACGACGCUUUUCAAUCGAAAGUGGUUUUCGUCCCGGAAGCCUUCGAUCUGUCCGCCGCGUUAUCAGUUAUGAUGCACUCAAACCACCGGAAGAGCUCCCGAUAGAUAAUGGCGGUGUCACCCAAUACACUGUCUCAAAAAGGAAGCGAAUUGCUCAGGUUAUCGUCACGGUUCUUGUAUGCUGGUUUGCAAGUGGAAUUGUCUUCGGUUUUGCCGCGCUCAAGCCGAUUUUAGUCAAGGAAGGCGUGUUCCGAGAACUUUGCACCCAGGAAGAGCUAGAUGCAGAUGUCGACGUUUGCUAUGAACAGGAUCUCCGAUUGAAUUUCUUCUUCAGCUUGGCUUCUACCACAGCAAAUGUCUCCGCCCUUCCCAUCGGUACUAUGCUUGAUCGCUACGGCCCCAAAGCCUGCUUCCUGUUUGGCAGUGCCUGCCUUGCCCUUGGUAGUCUUCUAAUGAGCCUCGCAUUCCAGAUUCCGGAGUUUGAUGGCUAUACCAUGGGCAACUUUCUCAUCGCUCUUGGUGGAACCGCUGUCUUUCUCCCAGCCUUUCAGAUUGCCAAUGCUUUCCCAAAAUACUCGGGAACAAUCGUAGCCCUUGUUACGGGUGCUUUUGAUGCAUCUGCUGCGGUCUUCCUCUUUUACAGGAUUGCGUACGAAGCCACCGAUGGCCACUUCACUCCGCGUAUAUUCUUUCUUGUCUAUCUCCUCGUGCCUGUCGCCCUUGUUAUUGCACAGCUCACUCUCUUGCCCAGUGAGGCCUACAAGUCUCUAUCACAAUUAGAAGAGAAGAUUGCACGCGCAGAGGAUCCAACUCGCGAUGUCCACGAUUCAGACGAGGAGCUUCCUGGCGAAGAAGUAUGGCGGGUUCGCAAAGGCCGCAGUAUCCAACGUCGCAAGCGACUUCAAAAACUCGAUAAGUUGGUAGGAAGUCCUGAUACGAGAAAGCAGAAGGAGGAAAAGGAGGAGCAGCACCACGAGGCCUCUGGUGUCUGGGGCGCUUUGCACAAUAAGUCUGCCGCAGAACAGAUGAGGACACCCUGGUUUAUUCUACUCACUCUACUCACCGUCCUCCAAAUGAUGCGCAUGAACUAUUUCAUCUCAACCAUUCGCGAGCAGUACGACUACAUGUUGGAUUCUGGCGAGCUUGGUACCCGCGUCAACGAGUUCUUCGAUUGGGCUCUCCCGCUUGGCGGAGCUCUCUCAACGCCGUUCCUGGGAGCUUUGCUUGACAACGUCAGCACGCCGAUUGUGCUGUUGAUCAUUUUGAUCAUGACCACAAUCAUUGGCGUUGUUAGUUGCAUUCCGGCCCUCUGGGCAGGCUACAUCAACGUUAUCUUGUUCGUGCUGUUGCGUCCACUCUACUAUUCGGCCAUGUCGGAUUACGCGACCAAAGUCUUUGGUUUCGCAACCUUUGGCCGCGUCUACGGCACAAUCGUUUGCGUUUCAGGUCUUUUCAACCUUUGCCAGACGGCGAUUGAUGCUUUGACCAAGCGUACAUUCCAUGGAAACCCGAUCCCCGUCAAUGCAUCGCUCGCAGUGGCAGGAUUCAUUUUUGGUGCAGCAUUGGUGCUCUACGUAUCUAUUCAGGUGCAUCGAUUGCGCAAGAAGUUGGACGAAGAGGAUGCAAUCACGGUCACCAACACCGAGGCCGAUAGCGUUCUGGAUAGUCUUAUGGAGGAGGAUGAACCGAGGGGCUAUGGAAGUUUUGGCCCUUGACGGUCUGCUCGAACUGUGUAAGUCUCCGUUUGGAGCAACCUAAUUAUAUCUGAGCGACAUUGAAUGGUAAGUUCUCUCGUUAGCGAUGGAGUUUCCAGGUACUGAGCGUAACUUUUCCUUGGUCCUUGUCCUAG